AUGGACCCUGCAAACACUAAUCAGUCUUAUAUCACUGUUGAUCAUGUUGGCUAACCAGAUUAAGAUACUUAUUUCACACUUGAUGUGCUAAGUAAAUUCUACCUAACUCCUCAUCACAAACUAAACAAAGAAUUUCUUGAGAAAGAACUUUACCCUCAUAUAAAAAGAGUCAAAAAAUGUGAUAAAAAGAGAAUCCUAGUAACUGGAGGAGCAGGAUUCGUAGGAUCACACCUAGUUGAUAGAUUAAUGCUUAUGGGCCAUGAAGUAAUUGUGAUCGAUAAUUUUUUCACUGGGUCAAAGACUAAUAUACUUCACUGGAUCGGGCAUCCAAAUUUUACUUUAAUGGAGCAUGAUAUUGUCACACCUAUUCUUAUUUAAGUUGAUGAAAUCUAUCAUCUGGCAUGUCCUGCUUCUCCCCCAGCAUAUCAAUUCAACCCAAUAAAAACUAUUGAAACUAAUGUAAUUGGUACAUCUAACAUGCUUUCUUUGGCAAAGCAAGUUAAGGCAAGAUUUCUACUCACUUCUACAAGUGAAAUUUAUGGUGAUCCCUUAGAGCACCCAUAAAAGGAGACUUAUUGGGGUAAUGUCAAUCCAAUCGGUCCAAGAGCAUGCUAUGAUGAAGGUAAAAGAGCUGCUGAGACAUUGACUUAUGCUUACCAAACUUAAGAAAAAGUUGAUGUGCGAGUAGUUAGAAUCUUUAAUACAUUUGGACCAAGAAUGGAUGAGAAUGAUGGUAGAGUAGUGAGUAACUUUAUUAUGCAGGCUCUCUAAAAUCAAGAUAUGACUAUCUACGGAGAUGGUAAUCAAACAAGAUCUUUCUAAUUUGUCCAUGAUCUAGUAGAUGGUUUAAUAUCUACAAUGAGAAAUGAAUUUACUCUUCCAAUUAAUCUUGGUAACCCAGUUGAAUUCACAAUCCUUGAGCUGGCUGAAGAAUUAAAAGGGUUUAUUGGAAGUGAAUCCAAACUAGUUAAGCUACCAGCUGUUCAAGAUGAUCCUAAGCAAAGAAGGCCAGAUAUAAGUCUAGCGAAGGAAAAACUUGAUUGGGAACCAAAAUUCAGCAGACAAUAAGGUCUUCUGGAAACUAUUUAAUAUUUCAGAUAAAUUGUGGAAGCUGAUUGUGAAGCAACAAGGAGAUCUUGA